GAGAGACCUAGACAGGCAGAGAGAGAGAGAGAGAGAGAGAGGCUGGCUCUCAGACCUCUCGUCUCUCAGUCACAGUGAACUGCGGGGCAGACGGAGCGGCUUUCUGCUCCUCGACAGCGGACGCCACCUCAAACAAGGAUUGUUCUCAUCGACCCACAGCCGCCGCUGUCGUCUCGUCUCCGGCCGCCUCGUCCCGGACCUCGACCCCUCGGAACUUUUUCUCUUCUCUGGAGUUUGGAGAGCCGUGUUCGUCGGAUAUGGACAGUCGGCGAGCCGCUGCAGGGAGCGACCGGCCGGUGUUCACUCAGUAGCCGCAGGAAUUAAACAGCCGACUCGCCGUGUGGGACUUUUUUUUUUUUUUACUGGAUGUUUGAUGAAGCGCUUCGACAUUUUGGUCAAUUCCGGGACUCAGUGGAUUUACCAGGCUCGGGAACGGAUUGAUACUCGUGAUUCCCGGUCGACGGCGAGAAGUAUUUGCGCUUCUAAAGUUGCAGGAAAAACAUGGAGACAGUAAGUCGGCAGAGCUUCCAGCCUCAUCCGGGACUGCAACAAACUCUCAAGCAGUUUCACCUCAGCUCUAUGAGCUCUCUGGGCGGACCGGCGGCUUUCUCUGCCCGGUGGCAACAUGAGCUCCUCUUCAAGAAGGACGGUAAGGAGCCCGAGCCGGUUCUGCAGCAUCUGCCGCCGCCGGUGAUGCCCGGUCCGCUGUUCAUCCCGUCGGACCGCUCCACGGAGAGGUGCGAGACGGUGCUGGAAGCCGAGACCAUCUCGUGCUUCGUGGUCGGCGGGGAGAAGCGCCUGUGCCUGCCGCAGAUCCUCAACACGGUGCUGCGGGACUUCAGCCUGCAGCAGAUCAACUCGGUGUGCGACGAGCUGCACAUCUACUGCUCCCGGUGCACGGCGGACCAGCUGGAGAUCCUGAAAGUCAUGGGGAUCCUGCCCUUCUCGGCGCCGUCCUGCGGCCUCAUCACCAAGACGGACUCCGAGCGGCUCUGCAACGCCCUGAUCUACGGAGGCGCCUACCCGCCGCGCUGCAAGAAGGAGCUGAGCGGCGGCUCGCUGGAGCUGGAGCUCACCGAGAGGAGCUUCAAAGUCUACCACGAGUGCUUCGGCAAGUGCAAGGGCUUGUUCGUGCCGGAGCUGUACAGCAGCCCCAACGCAGCGUGCAUCCAGUGCAUGGACUGCAGACUUAUGUACCCGACCCACAAGUUCGUGGUGCACAGUCACAAGGCGCAGGAGAACAGGACUUGCCACUGGGGCUUCGACUCGGCAAACUGGAGGGCGUACAUCCUCCUGGGCCAGGAUUACACGGGGAAAGAGGAGAAGGCCCGUCUGGAGCAGCUCCUGGACGAGAUCAAGGAGAAAUUUGACUUCGCCAACAAGUACAAGAGGAAAGCAUCAUCCAGGUCAUCUGAUCCCAUCCCGAUGAAAAAGUCCAAACUUGAAGACUUCCCAUCGCAAUCCCCUCUGGCCGACAAAGAGAAACAGCUCGACUGGCUACAAUCCCUCUCCGCCUCAACCAAGGGGCUUAACUGCAUCCAGCCCAGACAGAGACCAUCAGCUUUCAGGCCCUGGUCCCCCCACAUCUCUGCUGGUGAUAAGGACCCCACAAAUCACCCCCUGGCCCUGCUGAGAGACAGCUUCUACAACUACAAGAGUCUGGAGAAUGGUGUGGCCCCCAAUGUUGCCCUCACACCUCUACCCCUGGGUAAAAUGGGUCCCUUGUCCCCAUCAGUACCCAGCACCUCCCACCCAAGCGGAGGUGAACCUCCAGGUGAAGGAGCCAACUCGAGGCCCCGAAAGAGAAGAGCCACAGAGGAGCUCCAGCCACCAGUGACUGAGGCCCCCUGCCCACUGUCCUUCACUGCCAGCAAGCCACCGCCACCUCAGGAUGACAAGGACUCUGAGGUGGAGAUUGAAGUGGAGAGCCGUGACGAGUUCACUUCGUCCCUGUCCUCCCUGUCGUCACCAUCGUUCACCUCAUCCAGCAGCUCAGCCAAGGACUUGAGCUCGCCAUGCGCCCAAGGGCCCAUUUGCACUGUCACAUCGGCCGAGGGCACUGCCCCUACAGCUCCUGCACCCAUCGCACCCAUUGCAGCCCCCGUGACCCCUCCAGAGCUUGGACUGGAGUCAGAGCUGGAGAGCCUAAGGCAGGCACUGGACAGCGGACUCGACUCGAAAGAGUCAAAGGAGAAGUUUCUGCACGAGAUUGUGAAGAUGAGGGUUAAGCAGGAGGAGAAGCUUGGAUCGGCCCUGCAGGCCAAACGCAGCCUCCAGCAGGAGUUGGAAUUCUUGCGGGUGGCCAAAAAGGAGAAGUUGCGGGAGGCAACCGAGGCAAAGCGGAACCUUAGGAAGGAAAUCGAGCGUCUGCGGGCCGAGAGCGAGAAGAAGAUGAAGGAAGCCAAUGAGUCGCGGAUCCGUCUGAAGCGGGAGCUGGAGCAGGCUCGACAGCUGAGGGUCUGCGACAAAGGCUGCGAGGCCGGACGUCUUCGUGCAAAAUACUCAGCACAGAUCGAGGACCUCCAGAUGAAGCUGCAGCACGCAGAGGCCGACCGCGAGCAGCUCCGAGCCGACCUGCUGCUUGAGCGGGAGGCCAGGGAGCACCUGGAGAGGGUGGUAAAGGAGCUACAGCAGCAGCUGUGGCCCAAGACCAACAGUGACAUGGACGGGACGCCCAAGGACACGCUGGCUGACAAGUAACCAAGCAGCUAAACUCACCGCCCAACCAUUUACCCCUCUCGCCAUGAUCCCCAACUUCAUCUGACCACGACCACACCCAGGAGUCCUGGGCCAACUGCAUCGCACCACUGUCCAUCACGCUCGCCCUCCAGAACACACAACUCAAAGACUCACCCUCGGACCACAGAGAAGAGACGAGGACCUGUGUCCUUAUCCAUGCCCAUGAACAGUCAAGUGAAUGUUUCCUUUGGAGAACGACUAAAAACAGCAAAGUACAAUUCUGCAACAUGGAAGCACGUGUUUCUAAAUCAAGCACUGACUCGCACCUUCCACACUCACAAGACGUAAAAAAAAAAAAAACUGGAUCACAAGGAUGACAUGACACAUGUAUAGCACAAAACGUGGUUGUGCCUGUAUUUUCGGAGACUUUUGGAUACACAUCCGUGAUACUAAUGCUAAAAGAUGAUCGUCUUAUAUUAGAGCUACACAGCUGUUUAGAGGUGUUACAGCAGUGCAGCCUGGAGGGCAGCGCUCACACUCAACCCGCAGUUCCCUGAAAACGUCUCCAUGGCCGUUCCCGUCAUGGUGAGGGAUGAGGAGGAUUUUGAAGACAUUAUAAGCUAUUUAAGAGACUACAUAGCGAUAUGUAAAGAAAAAAAAUAGACAGUUACUCUGUUUCUCUGUGCUCAUGGAGUUUGAAAAUAUAAAAGAUACAAACUCAUUCGAAGAUGAACGAAACAAGCAGUUGAACUCUCCACAGUGCCACCGUGGUUUUGUGGGUUUUUCAGGAAGCCAUCGCCGUCCACUGAGGGGGGAAAAGCAUCGAGUGUGAAGUUAAAGCAAACCGUCUCUCCCUGUUGUUGGGUUUGCAUUGAAUCAAUAUGUUUCUCUCUUUGCAUCGAACCCUGGAUUAGAUACUGGAAAUAAAAACAUGCCAUGGUAAAGGCACCUUUUUUAGUGAGCACUUUGUUUGGAUGAUCAAUAACAAUAUCCAAUAAUCUCCAUCUCAGUGGUUCUCACAACAAGUCGCACACACACACACACACACACACAAGUAAGCGUUUUGGUGUUUUCUAUCUUCUCUUUAAGAAGAAUGACAACCGGCAUGUUUUUACUCCAGUUGAUUCCAGAACCAUCAUGUAUGAAAUCAUAGUGGACUCAGGUGGGGCGUCCUUAGCAAGAACCACAAAAUGUUCAUUUGAAUUAAAUUAAGGUAUGUAAAUAUAAAUAUAUGUUUUUUUCCUUUUUCCUUUACAAUAAUAAGUCGCACUUUGUCAUAACAGAAAUACUGUUUUAAUGCAUUGUACUCCCACUAUUGUCUUCAAUCUUACUUUGAAAGCAUCAUCUAAUCGUGACUUUUACCAUAUAAAUCCAGUAAGCAUUUUGUUGAUUAUUUGCAUCUCAAAUAAAAAAUCUGUUUUCUUAAGGCAAAGUAUUGUAAAUAAAGAAAAAAAGGCUCUACCUGUUGCUUGCUGAUGCAGUCUGGGAUUGUUUGAAAGUUUUUGUCGACACACUCUCACGUUUUUGUAAUAUAAUGACACAACUGUUGCUUCACCACCCAGUUAAAACAUGUAACAAGUUUUAGAAAAAAAAAUCAUUAACAACUUACUGUACGACACCGUGGUGAAUUUUUAUUGGAGCCUCAACAGAAAUCAAAUGGUCAAAGAUUCAAAUCAGAUUCAAUCCAAAAGGCAGAGACCAUGACUCCGCCUCCUCACAGUGGGUACAAUGCAAUCAGAAUGUACAAUGUGUUAAUGCUAAUUUUUCUUUGGUUGUUGAUGUUGUUUUUUAAACGUGGAGAUAUUUUAUUGCUCGUCUGUUAUGUUCACUUAUUUCAAUAGAAAACUCAUAUUUUCUUUAUGCAUGAACUUUGAAAAAGUUUGCCAUACAUAUAGUCAGUUAUUGGGCAUUUGAUACUGUACAUGUAAGGGUUUUUUGUGUUAUGCAACAUAAAGCAAUUUAUCUUA